UACGUUUGCGUUGCAGCCGCCUCAUUGACCCUCAGAGCAAACGGCUCACAGCUACCGCCUCGCAUCCGACGGACAAUCAAGUUCCUUGCCUCCCCCCGGCAUCACCCACCGUCCCGAUCCCGACCAGCCAGGGUUUAUCGCGCCGCGCCGCGCCGCCUCAUAAACCCACCUCGCAUCCGCCCCGCCGCGGCGGCGCCUUCCAGAAGAACUCCCACAAACUUCGGCAGCGGCGGGCGCGCACCCAACAAGCCAUGUGGAGCCUCCUACGGGCAGCCUCGCCAUUGCUCCGCCGCAGCUCCGGGCGCUUGGCCGCGAGGGGCGAGGCGGUCGCCGCGGCCUCGGCCUCCGCUCCGGCGCCCGCGGGGUUGCUGGCGGUGGGAGCGGGAGCCUACAGCCGGUGGCGGCGGGCGAUGUCUACCAAGGGGAGGAGCAUGCGGAGCAAGGUGGAGAAGCGGAUGGCGAGGGAGACUGGCCGCACGCAGCGGGAGCUCCGCCGCGCCGUCAAGCUCAGGAAGAAGCUCAUGACCGAGGACGAGAAGCUCAUCUACAACCUGCGCAGGGCCAAGAAAAAAGUUGCUUUGCUCCUACAGAAGCUCAAGAAGUAUGAGCUACCAGACUUACCAGCUCCGCGUCAUGAUCCUGAGCUGUUAACGGCAGAGCAACUACAAGCUUACAAGAAGAUUGGAUUCAGAAACAGAAACUAUGUGCCUGUUGGAGUUCGUGGAGUCUUUGGAGGUGUUGUUCAAAACAUGCAUAUGCACUGGAAAUUCCAUGAGACGGUGCAAGUUUGCUGUGACAACUUCCCAAAGGAAAAGAUUAAGGAAAUGGCAGCAAUGCUGACAAGAUUGAGUGGUGGAAUAGUGAUCAACAUUCAUAAUACCAAAACAAUCAUCAUGUUCCGAGGAAGAAACUACCGUCAACCAAAGAACCUUAUACCUUUCAACACACUUACCAAAAGGAAGGCACUAUUCAAGGCUAGAUUUGAACAAGCACUUGAAUCACAAAAAUUAAACAUCAAGAAAAUAGAAACCCAACUCCGUCGUAAGGGUAUCAAUCCAGAGGACCCAGUUGCUAUGGCUAGCAUCCAGCGUGUUGCCUCUACGUUCUUCCGAGCCAUAGAUGAGCAGCAAGGUACUCCGUAUAUUUUCCGUGGGGACACACAACCUUCUGCUGGGACCUCUGAAAUAAAAGAACCACGUGAUGAACCAUCUGAAGAUAGUGAUCAGGAGGAGCUUGACAGGUUCAUUUCAGAGAUAGAAAGUGCAGCAGAGAAGCAAUGGGAGGAAGAAGAGGCUGCAGAGAAAGAAGAAUCUUCAAGAAUGCGAUAUUGGGAGAGGGAAGACGUAGGUGAUCGAAGGGGUUUCAACAGAAAUAAUGAAAACUCAGAUUACGAGGAUAGAGGACAUGGAAGAUAUAGGAUAGAGCAUAACAACAACAGAAGGACUUCAGAUGUGAGGAAGUGGGAUGAUGAUAGCGAGUUCGAGGCAUCAGGUGAAGAAUGGGACUCUGGUGAUGACAGGGGUAAUGCUCCGGGCUUUGACAGUGAUCGAGAUUCUAUUGAUGAGCAUCCUCGACGAUUUGGAAGCAUGCGGAAUGAGAAGAGCAGAUCCAGUUGGACACAGGAUUUUGUUCCUACGCGAGACGUGGGCGAGGGGAAGGUUUUCAAUAGAAGCUAUGCCAAUUCUGAUGUUUACGAUAGAGGCCAGGGAAGACAUAGGAUAGAUAACAACAGCAGCAAAAGGGCAUCAGAUGCAAGGAGGUGGGAUGAUAGUGAGAUCGAGGCAUCAGGCGAAGAAUGGGACACUGGUGUUGACAGUGAUAAUGAUCUCGAAGACGCAACUGAUGGUCAUCCUCGGCAAUUCAAAAGUAUGAGGAAUGAGAAGAGCAGAUCCCGUGGCAGGCAGAAUUCCAUUCCUGGCGGAUUCAGAGGAUCCAAUCGGAUUACAGGGAAUUCAGCUGAUGCUUCCGAUGGCGCUAUGUUCAGAUGCAGUAAUGGUGAUGAGUUAGGCACUGAAGACGAGGACUUGUCGGUGUCGGAUUAUAGGGGGGAAGCGACGAACUCAAGAUCCCCCAAGGUGAAUUUCCCAAAUUUCCACAGCGGGAGUGAGGAUAGCGAUGAGAACAGGAAAAAUGAUGGCAAGGUUGGUAAAACGAAUAAAAAUACUGAUGAAAGUUGGGAUAGUGACUGAGAUAAAGUAAUGAUGAUAUGUGAUGCAUGAAGGUCAGCAUCAAUGGUUGUCAAGUCCAAGUUCUUUCAUUGGUGGUGUUGCUCAUGUACUGUCCAAUGGAAAUCUCGAGGAGCUAGAAGAAUAAGCAUGGUUUCCAUAGGAACAACUGUUUGAACUUUUACUGCAAGUUUUCGGACGUCUUCUAUUCCAGUUGUCAUAGUAACCUGAAAAGCUGUUGGAGGGCAAGUUGUCAAGGGUGUGCUAGCCUCAUCAAAGCCAGAAUGCUGCAUGACUUGCACAAGCCGAGGACAAAGUAACAGAUUACAGAUGUGGUCAGAGUUCACUAUCGAGGUUUCUGAAGGUCUCAGAAAUGUGAAAUCGUCACUCUGCGAUCACAUUUAUUUCUCAUCUUAUUCUUUUAUUUUUGAUGUGAAGAGAACAUGCACAUAGAUUUAUCUCAAGGCCAUGUGUACCUUGUCUUGUUUUGGUUAAAAUGUCCGAUACACGUUCUUCAGAGCGUCCUCUACGGUGUGAAACUUUAACUCUGUUUUAGUGU